GAAACGUGCACUAAGCCAUUUUCUUGGAGGAGCCAGUGUCGUUGAUGGGAAGAGGAUGCAUUGCGGGCUGCUGGAGGAGCCUGAUAUGGAUUCCACAGAGAGCUGGAUUGAAAGAUGCCUCAUUGAGAGUGAGAGCAAGCGGUACUCCAGUCACACCUCCCUGGGGAAUAUGUCCAAUGAUGAAAAUGAAGAAAAAGAAAAUAACAGAGCCUCUAAACCGCAUUCGACACCAGCAACUCUGGAGUGGCUGGAGGAGAACUAUGAGACAGCUGAAGGUGUGUGUAUCCCCCGAAGUGCCCUCUACAUGCAUUACCUAGACUUCAGUGAAAAGCAGGACACACAGCCUGUGAAUGCUGCCAGCUUUGGAAAGAUUAUAAGACAACAGUUUCCGGCGUUAACUACCAGACGACUGGGGACGAGAGGGCAGUCGAAGUACCACUACUAUGGCAUCGCGGUGAAGGAGAGCUCUCAGUAUUAUGACGUGAUGUACUCCAAAAAGGGAGCGGCGUGGGUGAAUGAGACGGGGAAGAAAGAGGUCACGAAGCAGACAGUGGCGUAUUCACCACGCUCCAAACUGGGGACACUCCUGCCAGAGUUUCCAAAUGUCAAAGACCUAAAUUUGCCCGCCAGCCUGCCAGAAGAGAGGGUGUCAACCUUCAUCAUGAUGUACAGAACACACUGUCAGAGGAUACUAGACACGGUCAUACGAGCCAACUUUGAUGAGGUCCAAAGCUUCCUGCUCCACUUCUGGCAAGGCAUGCCGCCCCACAUGCUGCCUGUCCUCAGCUCCUCCACGGUGGUUAACAUUGUCGGUGUGUGUGACUCCAUCCUCUACAAGGCCAUUUCUGGGGUGUUGAUGCCCACCGUCCUGCAAGCACUGCCUGACAGUUUGACUCAGGUUAUCCGAAAAUUUGCCAAACAGCUUGACGAGUGGCUUAAAAUAGCACUUCACGACCUACCUGAAAACCUGAGGAAUAUCAAGUUUGAAUUAUCCAGAAGAUUUUCUCAGAUUCUAAAGCGGCAAACAUCAUUAAACCAUCUAUGUCAGGCAUCGAGAACUGUGAUACACAGCGCUGACAUCACAUUUCAAAUGCUGGAGGACUGGAGGAAUGUGGACUUGAACAGCAUCACCAAGCAGACACUUUACACCAUGGAGGACUCACGGGAGGAGCACAGGCGGCUUAUAAUCCACUUGUAUCAGGAGUUUGACCGUCUAUUGGAGGAGCAGUCUCCAAUUGAGGCCUACAUCGAGUGGCUGGACUCCAUGGUGGACCGCUGUGUAGUCAAGGUGGCAGGGAAGAGGCCCGGGUGCCUGAAGAAGGUGGCUCAACAGUUCCUGCUGAUGUGGUCGUGUUUUGGUACCAGAGUCAUCCGGGAUAUGACCCUCCACAGUGCACCCAGCUUUGGGUCCUUCCAUCUCAUCCAUCUUAUGUUUGAUGAUUAUGUGCUUUACCUGCUGGAGUCCCUGCACUGCCAGGAAAGAGCCAAUGAGCUCAUGAGGGCCAUGAAGGGAGAGGACAGCACAGCAGAAAGAGAGGAGGAGUUUGUGGUGACAGAGACCACGCCCACCUCCUCAUCUCCCGGGCCCUAUUCCCCAGCCCAGUCUGUCCACUCAGCGGGUGUCCCCUCCACCGUCUCCCCCACAACAGCCCUAUCGCCGGAGUACACCGGAGUCACCGCCACAACAGGCGCUGUUCAGUCAUAUACCUGGUCCCUUACAUACACAGUGACAACAGCAGGCGGCUCCACUCCAGAGAGCGGACAGCAGCUGUCCUGUAUGCGGAACAGCGCUCCAGUGCCCCCUCCGUCCUCUGCCCAUCGGAUGCCGGUCUAUGCCCACAGGGAAGAGCAUGGGUACACUGGUAGCUACAACUAUGGCAGCUAUGUGAACCAGCACCCCCACUCCAUCCAGAGCCAGUAUCCCAGCCUGGCCCAUGAACCAGCCAUCCCAUCCCCCCUCCACUACUCCGCCUACCACCGCUCAUCUGCACAGUACCAGCUCAACGGCCAGAUGUCUCGGAUGGAGCCUUGCUUGAUGAGCAGCACUCCUCGGUUGCAUCCCACACCUGUUGCCCCCCGGUGGCCGGAUGUCUCCCCUGCCAACAGCUGUUACACCAGCCCACCUAUGCACUCGUCCCGCUAUGCCUCCUCUGGGGACAUGUACUCCCCGUUGGGCCCACGCAGGAACUCAGAGUACGAGCAUUCGCAACAUUUCCCCGGCUUCGCCUAUAUCAAUGGAGAGGCCACUACAGGCUGGGCUAAAUAG